UUCACAUGUCUGCAGCUGCUUUUUCAUUGACUUUUAGAAGCGUUGGCACUUGGAGAAUUGUGCUGGAUUGAAACGUUUGGAUAUAUUUAAGGUUUCAUUUUGUGCUGACGCUCUCUUGGAGAGAGGGAGAGAGAGAGAGAGAGAGAGAGUCCAGCGUGCUGCAACAACUCCACUUGCAGCGCAGGGAGCGCAGAGGACGCGCACAGCUGCUUUUGCUGUGUGCAUGGACGGAAGGUCUUUUCUUCUUUUAUUUAAGCUAAGAUGACGGCCACACAUUGAAAAAAGGGGACGCAACUGACGGGAUGGGCGGGCUGCAGGCAGGAAACGCUGGAGUUGGCGACAUGGGGGAAAACGCAGAAGAGAGGUACCGCGCGCUCGCCUAUGACACCGCGCUGAGCACCCUGGUGGCCGUUUGCGUCUACGUGGUGGUCAAAGUGAGCCUGGACGGCAUCAGGCAGUGGCGGGCCAGGAUCUCGGUGCUCAUCGUGGGGUCUGGUCCCGUGGGGCUGACGGCUGCCCUGGUUGCUGUCCGCUCCGGGAAGGUGCUGAAACUGACCGUGCUGGAUGAGAGGUACCGGACCGCCCUGCUCUGCCGGCCGCAGCAGAUCGCCCUGGACCCCCGCAGUGUCAAGUUCUUGCUGGGACUCGGGGUGGACUUUGAUAACAUGGAGGGCUGCUGGCACAACGAGCACUUUUUUACAAGGAUCGGUGUGUUUCAGGAGUACCUGCUCAGCAUCCUGGAGCAGAAGAAGCAGAAAGUGGAAGUCAAAGUUCAACUAGGUACCAAGUUCACAGAGGAGUACCUGCGGAAGAUCCCUCAAAAUAACUGGCCACGUGUGAUCGUGGUGGCUGAUGGCUCGUGUGGAGACUCUUGCUCUGUGCUGGGCAUCAGCUCAGACUACACUGUGGAGUCCUGCCAUGCUUAUGGAGCUAACGCUGCUAUCGAGAGACUGGAUCAGAGACAGGUUCCCACCCCUGAGAUCAGAGCCCACAGCCUCUACUUUGACCUGUCUGCUUACGGGGUGGAGGCACUGCGAGAGCACCGAAACCCGGCAUUCAAAACCGGCUUCCACCUGAAAAUCUACGGCACCUUCAGAAACCGCUACAUGGCCCUCGUCUGCCCUGCAUCUGACACCAAGAUGGUCCGCUUCCUCAGGCACACGGCCAACUCCUCUAUCAUGAAGAACAUUUUCCACCAGUCCUUCAAUGCCUAUAAGACAGACAUUGAACCUCGUCUGAGCGAUGUGACACUGCACCACAUGCAGUGCAGCCGGCGUCUCUUUGAGAUACAGUUAUCUCACAGACGCAUCAGUGCAGCAUACAUCGAGGGGGACGACGUGGCGGUGACUGUUGAGGGGGAGGCGGCACGUGUGCUCAACUUUGACACAGGUUGUGGGGUGAAUCUAGGUAUGCGAGGUCUGGAGUCAAUGGGGUCGUUUAUUUACCGAACAGCCACCGCUGUGGACCAGAACGACAUUCUGGAGGCUCUGUCGGCUAAGAUGCAGCACUCCAGACAGGUGGCUGAGUCCAUUAAACAGACAGGCCUGGCUGAAUCCAUGUAUGACUGAAGCAGAAGGACAGCCUGGUGAAUGCAUAACGCCCCCUAGUGAAAAGUGGCAGUAGGUGGUUUGUGUUUACAGUGAAUGUUUACAAUGAAUCAUCAGUGUGCAUUGAAGCUCUGAUGGCUCUGCAUUGGACAGGGCUGAAUGAGCUGUACACAGAUGGAUAAUGGAUGUAAACAUGUGAACAUAAGUCUUUGUGACAAACAUUGAGUGGAUCUACUUGUGAUGGAUGCUUCGAGAACAACAGAGGCCACGUAAAGUAUAAUAGAUUAGAAGGUUUUCAGUGCAGCAAACUGUGGCAGAGAGAGGUGUUCGUGUCCAAAAGAUAUGCUUAAAAAUGAUGCAUUGACUGCACUUUUAAUUUAUCUUUAAAGAGUAAGAGGAGGAGUAAGAAUGGACCUGAUUUCCAAAGCAAACCCUUUUGUGGUCUCUUGAGGGAACAUCAGUGGUGCUAGAGGUAAAAUGAGCUACAGGACAGAGAGGUUUAAUCCUGUUAAUAUCUCUGAUUUAACAGACAAACGUGAAGAGUGAUCAUGUAAGGAAGCUGCCGCUCCAAAGUGUUUUUCUAUCAAGCCUUUGUGUUUGUGUUUGACUGGUGAAAAUUGUGUUGAUGAUGUUUAUAAGUGUUUGUUAA